AUGCUAACCACCGGAAGCGCACUUCAUAACGCCCGUCUCAAGCUAGGCCUGGAGGAUGCCUCUUCGGUGAGCCACUACUCGGAAGUCGAACCCGCCCUCGAUCGGCGCCACGAACAAGAAGACAUGUCUCCACUGGAAUUGAUGGACCUCGGCCAGCGACUCGAUGAGAAACUAUCGCAGCAAGGGACACUACUCGCCUGCUACCGAUCCUACCUUGCGCCCAUCCGUCGCCUCCCUGUUGAGAUACUUCUCGAGAUCUUCGGCGCGGGCCGCGUACUUCCAGGUUGGACACCUCUCCAUGCUGUCCAACUCGUCAAAGCUGCUGAGGCUACCUGCUUUCAUUGGCACGAGAUCAUUAAAGGGACCCCUGAUCUGCAUACGUGGAUCGCGCUCCCGCAAUUCUGCAAGGGUGUCCCCCGCCAGCUGCGUCUUUCAAUGGGGAAGCUGCUGCGCGUCUAUGUCAGCCCGUCUGUGCCUACUUUUCAACUAGACGAAACACUCCAGCUGUUAGCUAAGCACGGCAAUCGCUGGGAGAUGUUUGAGGUCGUCAACACCAGCGGUCGAUGCGACCCUAUCAUACCCUCGCUGUACGACGGCUUCACAGACGAAACUUUCGACUCCCUCACCACUCUGUGCAUCCCUGACUUUCAUGUCUACCCCAUCUCAGAGUGGUGGAUCAAGAUGGUCUUUGCGAGAGCGGAGCGCCUGGAGAACGUCUCCCUCGGGGAUUUCCGGCCCUCGAUGGGAUUUCCUCCCGCUUCUCUGCGCUCACUCCGGGUCGCGGAGGGGAGUCUCCUCUCCCUCAUCGAUGUCUUGCGUCGCUGCGAUCAGCUCGAAAGGCUCGAGGUUACGAAAAUCUUGGACGACGUGCCAGCAGCCGCCAACAUGAUCCUUGCAAGAGAAGGCCCUUUCGUCGCUCGCAAUGUCCGUCGCCUCGAACUAGGGCCCGCUCUCGCUGAUUGGCACUCCGAGGAAUGUCAGUGCGAGAGGCUGCUGACGAUAAUCACAACACCUGCUCUGCAAACGCUGUCGUGCUACGCCUCAGGGAGCACGUUGCGUGAUCUAUACCAGCGCUCCGCGCCGCCCUUGGGCGAGCUCCAGGUCUCUGCCUACGCUCUGUGUGAGGAUGACAUCCUGGAUGCCCUCGCCGUCGUCCCUUCCCUGCGUACUCUGCGCGUCGCUGCUCACCAUUGGUGUCCCGACGUGCUCAUCCGUGCGCUUGCGGUGCGAGGAGGCUCGCUCAUAUUGUGUCCCAACUUGGCGCACCUGGAGAUCUCUGUGAAGGGUGAAGGAGUGCAGCUAAUAUGUCCUGAUAUGUUCAGGCAUAUGAUAGAGUCUCGGCGCGCGGCGGCAGACGCUGGCCUUAUCGCUCCGUUGAAAAACGUCGACUUGUCCCCCGGUGGGCGGAUUCUGCCUGACAUAUGUAGGGCGCAGACUGCGGCAGCUCAAUUUAGGUAUGCGAGCCACGUACCUUAG